AAAGGAAUGUCGCGGAGUUAUGACGUCCUCUUUACACGCUGACCGAGAGGAGGACAGGAUCUUUAUAUCCAACAUCCAUCGAUAAUCAACAAUGGCCGAGGAAGGUAGCGUCCCUGCUGCAGUCCCUGCUGGAGGUGCUGCUGGAGGUAUUUCGACGGGUGUGAUGGAUGUCAACACUGCUCUCCCUGAAGUGCUCAAGACCGCACUCAUCCACGAUGGCCUCGCCCGUGGUAUCCGUGAGGCUGCCAAGGCCCUGGACAAGCGUCAAGCCCAUCUCUGUGCCCUUGCAGGCAACUGUGAUGAGCCCACAUACGUCAAGCUGGUGGAGGCCCUCUGUGCGGAGCAUCAGAUCAACCUGAUAAAGGUUGAUGACAACAAGAAGCUCGGCGAGUGGGUCGGUCUGUGCAAGAUCGACCGUGAGGGCAAACCCCGUAAGAUUGUGGGCUGCAGCUGUGUGGUGGUCAAGGACUACGGCAAGGAGUCUCAAGCCAAGGAUGUGAUUGAGGAAUACUUCAAAGGCAAAAAAUAAAAUGUCAAUAAAAAGUGAAAAUUA